AUGCCCACGAGCACGAACGGUUUCGCGGUUACUGCGUUAGGUUUGCGCAGGGCCUUCACAGAUUCGACAUGCGCAUGCGACUCGGCCUUCUCCCAAGACCCUGCCGUGAUCGACCGCCAGGUGGAGAAAGAAGUUAAAGCUGCGGAAGCCGCGCGGAAGAGGCUGGAUCAGACACCCACCGUGAAAACAGAGGCGCAGACUGCCGCAGAAGAGGCAAUGACAAAGGAAGAGAAGGAAGCUGCAAGGAAGAAGAUCGAGGCAGAGGCGAAAAGGAAGAUUGAGGCUGCGACUAGACGACGUCCCCUUUCCGAGGCAAAGGCGAUCGAGAUGGGCGCGAAUUUCGUGGCUGAGGCUUUCAUAUUCGCUGUGGGCAUCAGCGUCAUAGUGUUCGAGCAGUGGAGGCAAAGGAGAAAAGCAAGAAACCAGCGCGACGACAUUCGUGAAGACGUAGAAGAGCUGAAGGAGGAGUUCAAGAAUGUAAGGGAAGAAUUGGCCGAGUUAAAAUCCUAUCACCCGGAACCGGCCUCGACCAGUUUGCUGCCCAAGUUUUUGACAGGGAAGAGUGACAGCACAAAGUUGUCUGAAAACCCCCCUGACCAAGACCGAGGAAGACGAAAUAAGACGUAG